AUGGCGAGUCCAGAGAAGGCGAGUACCAGGGGCCACAUGUUCGACGUUGUCGUGAUAGGAGGCGGCAUCUCAGGUCAGUCAGCUACUCAGCUGCUUGUGAACCACCAAACCACAAUGAUCAUUUUAAAAAGCAGGGACUCUUGCUUUGGAUAAUCUUACAAAGUUAGGAAUGAGCAUGUUAAUUAUGUAGAUGUUGGCGGAGCUUAUGUGGGACCAACUCAGAACAGGAUCUUACGGCUGUCUAAGGAGCUGGGAUUGGAGACUUACAAAGUGAAUGUCAAUGAACGCCUUGUUCAGUAUGUCAAGGGGAAAAUUUAUCCAUUUCGAGGUGCCUUCCCACCAGUGUGGAACCCUAUUGCCUAUCUGGAUUACAACAAUCUAUGGCGAACAAUGGAUAACAUGGGGAAAGAGAUUAGAACUGAUGCUCCAUGGGAGGCCCCACACGCCGAGGAAUGGGACAAGAUGUCCAUGAAAGAUCUCAUCGAUAAAAUCUGCUGGACAAAGACUGCUAGACAGUUUGCUUAUCUCUUUGUGAACAUCAAUGUGACCUCUGAGCCCCAUGAAGUUUCUGCCCUUUGGUUCUUGUGGUACGUGAAGCAGUGCGGGGGCACCACUAGAAUCUUCUCAGUUACCAACGGGGGCCAGGAACGGAAGUUUGUGGGUGGAUCUGGUCAGGUAAGCGAAAGGAUAAUGAAACUUCUUAAGGACCGAGUGAAGUUGAGCCAUCCUGUCAGCUAUGUUGACCAGUCGGGUGAUACCAUCUUCGUAGGGACGUUAAAUCAUGAAGUCUAUGAGUGCAGAUAUGUAAUCUGUGCCAUCCCACCAGCCUUGACUUCUAAGAUACACUUCAAACCAGAACUUCCAGCAGAAAGAAACCAGUUAAUUCAGCGCCUUCCAAUGGGGUCUAUCAUUAAGUGCAUGAUGUAUUACAAGGAGGCCUUUUGGAGGAAGAAGGAUUACUGUGGCUGCAUGAUCAUUGAAGAUGAGGAAGCUCCAAUUUCAAUAACUCUGGAUGACACCAAGCCAGAUGGAUCACUGCCUGCCAUCAUGGGCUUUAUCCUUGCCAGAAAAGCUCAUCGAUUUGCUAAACUCCAAAAAGAAGCAAGGAAGAGGAAAAUCUGUGAGCUGUAUGCCAAAGUGCUGGGAUCCCAGGAAGCUUUACAUCCUGUACAUUAUGAAGAGAAGAACUGGUGUGAGGAGCAGUACUCUGGGGGCUGCUACACUGCAUUCUUCCCCCCUGGGAUCAUGACUCAAUAUGGAAGGGUGAUUCGUCAGCCAGUAGGCAAGAUUUUCUUUGCUGGCACUGAGACAGCCACACAGUGGAGCGGUUACAUGGAAGGAGCAGUCGAGGCAGGGGAGCGAUCAGCUAGAGAGUUCUUAAAUGCUGUGGGGAAGGUAGCAAAGAAAGACAUCUGGGCUCAAGAACCUGAAUCAAAGGAUGUACCAGCUGUGGAAAUCACCCGCUCCUUCUGGGAGAGGAACUUGCCUUCAGUGGAAGGCCUGUUGAAGAUCAUUGGAGUUUCAUCAUCAAUAACUGCCCUGUGGAUUGUGAUGUACAAAUUUAAGCUGCUGAGCCGACCCUAA